AAAUAAGAAGAAGAGGAAGAAGAGAUCAGAUACCAGCUUUACGCUUUGAACUUCGCUUCGAACAGACGUUAGACGGGUUCCUUUUCAGCGCCAGAUGCUCCUAGGGAGAGGAGGGGUGAUAGUCUAACGCCUAAUCUACAAAGAACUUUAGAAAAAAAAGAACGAAACCGUUGAACCGUGGUUCACUAUAAUAAACUAAGUGCCAUAAUUAAUACUUAAUAAAUUAGUCCAGUGAGGUGAAAAUCAUUUAAUUCUUACGCUGGAUUUGUGAACCCGGUUAAGUCCUGUUACGAUUUUGCUGCAGUUUUAUUACUGCAGGUUUUCUACAUGCUGUUUAAUACCAGAGCCUGUUUUCUGCUGGCUGCUGUUGCUGCGGCGGUCAUCGAGGUGUCAUGCGGUGACAGUGAUGGGACGGACAAACGGGAAAAGAGACAAUUAAACCUGAAUUUUGGGACCUCGGUUGGACGAAGCUCCCAAAGUUCGGUGGAUACUUAUGGAGCCUCCAGAAAUGCAGGAACCAGAGGACGAGGCCAGGGAUUUGCAGGACAAGCUCCAGGAAGAGGAUCAAGCCUUGACAGAAAUCCCAAUCUCCAGGGAGGAGCCGUUGGUGCUUAUUCAAAUUCUCAGGGUACGCCAGAGAUUGGAGGGCGCAUGGGAGGAACAUCAGAAAAUACAGGUCUAAGCGUAAAUCUGUUAGGAAAUGUUAUGCUUGGAUUAGGGGGAGGAUCACAGACAACUAGUCUUCCUGGGGGAACGGCGAAUACAGGGUAUAAUCGUGGUGGUCAACAAAGUAGCGGGGGUCUCCUGAGCCUCGGAAUAGGUUCGCAGACGGGGGGUGGCGGUUUGUUGGGUCUGGGAGGUGGAUCUCAAAGUGGAGGAUCUCUCCUUAACGUCGGAGCAUCGAUGCAAGCUGGUUAUGGGUCGGGGCAGAGCCCUGCAUAUAAUAACAGGCCAAUUUCAGGAGGUCAGGUACAACCCUCCGGUGGUUUGAGUCCUAGCUACGACAAUGGUGCUUUGCAGCCCACUCAAUCAGGAGAUGGAUAUACGAUCGGAAAUCCUCAGGGCAGACCGGGAAACCCGUCAAAUCCACAGCAGGGAAGACCAACAGGCCCCCAGCAAAACGGGAGACCUCCACAGAGUAACGCCGGUCAAAAUGGGAGACCAACUGGACAGUCACAAGGCUUUCAACCUGGAAGACCAGGUGCUGAAACUGAUGUAGGUCAGAACUAUAGGCCGACGGGAGGAUAUCCGGAUGGAGAACAAAUUGUGAGACCUGGACAGGCAACCGGGCACCAGAACACCAGACCAGGCGAUGUAGCUGAUAACUCGCAAGAUUAUGAUUCUAUAAACGGCUAUUCUCAGGGUAGGCCUACAGGACCACAGAAUAAUGGAAAUAAUGGCAAUAAUGGCAAUAAUGGCAAUAAUGGCAACAACGGAAGACCUUCUGGAGGAACGCAACCUGAAGAUUUUGGAGAUGGAGUCGAUAUCUACAACGGAGGUCCUGCUGCUGAUGCUCGUCCGCAGCAAGGUGGUGGCAACAAGAAAAAAUGCCGUGGAAACCAGUACACAUGCAGAAAUCGUGAAUGCGUUGCUAAAAAUGCAAGAUGUAACGGUGUUAAUGAGUGUAGAGAUGGAUCUGAUGAAGUGAACUGCUUCUCGGGACAGAACCGUCCAGCAGUGGACUAUGAAGUGACAGCGUCACCGUUUGGUCCUACGACAGCGAGUCCUUCGCGCGGUUGCAGGUAUCCAGAACCCUUAGUGGGGGGUGUCUUUGAACUCGACACUUGCAAAUUACCAUGCGACCUUUCACCAGGUACUAAAGUACCAAUCAGUAGCUUCCUUACCUACAAGUGCAACGAAGGAUACACCCUGAAGGGGAAUAAUGUAUCCUUCUGUCAUGAUGAUAAGUGGUACUUACCACCAACUUGUGUCAAAACUUGUCCACCCCUGAAAUCCAACAGCGUGGACAUUGUCUGCAAAUUGAAAGGAGAGACUGUUUCCUGCGAAUCAGCAAUAACACCUGGCACAAAGGCAACUCUUGCUUGCAAACCUUCGUACAAAAUACCGCUUUCUGACGAUCCUGCUUACAGAGAAAUCAACUGUCUAGAGGACGGAGUCUGGGAUCGAACGCUUUUCCGUUGUCUACCUGAAUGUGGAACAGCAAUCGCUCACGGCAACACCUUGAUCGUCAACGGGUUCACAGCUAAAUUAGGGGUAUUCCCAUGGCACGUGGGAAUAUAUGAUAGAGGGUCCUCCGACGACUAUCAACACAUAUGUGCAGGGACUUUAGCGAGUCAUAGUCUGGUGAUAUCGGCUGCUCAUUGUUUCUACGAUGAUACUGUUAACGAAGUUACGGAUGCAAGCAGAUACGCGGUGGCUGCUGGAAAGCAUUAUCGCAACUACAAUAUGCCCGAGAAGUACGUGCAGAAAUCUGACGUGAAAUCUAUCGAAGUAGCGAGCCGAUACUUCGGAGCUAGUGGAAACUUCGCCGAGGAUAUUGCUCUCGUUCGUUUAUUAACUCCUUUCGUUCUUACGACUUUGGUAAGACCGAUCUGCCUAGACUGGGACAAUAUGUAUGAAAGAGUACAGCUACAAAGUGGGCAGGUUGGAAAGGCUGUUGGUUGGGGAAAAACUGCAGAGGGGCAACCAAGUGUCGAACUUCAGGAGAUAAACUUGCCUUAUAUUCCAUAUCAAGAGUGCGUAUCUGCAGUUCCAGAAGAAUUCAAAGGCUAUGUAACCGCAGAUAAAUUUUGCGCUGGUUACUUGAAUGGGUCAAGCCUCUGUGAGGGUGACAGCGGCGGCGGCCUUUGUUUCCAGUUACACGGUCUUUGGUACCUUCGGGGUAUCGUGAGCGUAAGUCCCGUCCAUGAAAAUACUUGUGAUAAUAAUUAUUACACAGCUUUUACCAACGUUGGACGUUUCCGGGAGUGGAUUCGUGCUGCGUACGUCAACGAGUCGUGAAAAAGUGAAUGACUAAAAAUGGUAUGAACAAUACGUAAAAAUUCAACUUUGCCGCUGACGUGAAAAUGCAUUUGUCAUAAAACUCCGACGUUUUAACUUCAGAACGAGAAUUGUAUAGGUAAAAAAAUGUAGGUUUCACUUCAAUUUAACAAUGAAUAUACAUUAUUAUACAUCAA